AUGUCCAAGGUCCCGCCAAAAGGGCGUGCGAAGCCCAAGGCACCCCACAAACGUUACUUCGACACAGAGAGUGCCGCUGCCGAUGGCGACGCCUCUGGACUGCAACCAGUCAAAUUGAAGCGCAAAAAUCAACAAAAUUUUGUGGGAGAUUUCAUCAAAAUGCAAGCGCAGUCCAAAGUCAGGAAGCCACUACGUCCACCCAAGGUCAAUGCCGAGGCGUCUGACCCAGCCGAAGCCCAAAAGAGCCAGGUACCACCGGAGCUGCUGGCCAAAUACUCACGUGGCGAAAAGGUAGAGGCGCGCGGCGUCAAGACCAGACACUUUAAGGAGCAGCAAGAGCGCAGGGAGGUGUACCUGGACUAUGCCACUGAGCAGGCGGCACGCACAGAGCUGCUGCUGCAGGAAACUGCCGGCCAGCUGGGAGCCGAUGAUGGGGAAAUAACGGCCGAGUAUCGUCAGGAGCAGAUUGCCGAAAAUGUGGAUCUGCAGUCGGCGGCCAAGCACUUUAGUCUCCAAAUGGAGUUUGGCCCAUACACCAUGCGCUACUCAAAGAACGGCCGUCAUCUGCUUCUGGGCGGCAGGCGAGGCCAUGUCGCCGCCUUUGAUUGGGUGACCAAGAAGCUGCACUGCGAAUUCAAUGUGAUGGAGAGCGUUGCCGAUGUCCAGUGGCUGCAUGUGCCCACCAUGUAUGCGGUGGCCCAGAAGAGCUGGGUCUACUUCUACGACAAGAAAGGCACGGAGCUGCACUGCGUCAAGCGUCUGACAAAUGUGAACCGGCUUGAUUUUCUGCCCUACCACUUCCUUCUGGCUGCCGGCAACAGUUCGGGCUAUGCCUCCUGGCUGGACGUCUCCAUAGGCGAGCUGGUGGGCAAUUUCAACACCGGCCUGGGCGACAUACGGAUCCUGCGACACAAUCCCAGCAACGGUGUCCUGUGCGUGGGCGGCAGUCGUGGCGUAGUCUCCAUGUGGUCGCCCAAAGUGCGUGAGCCGCUGGCGAAGCUGCUCUGCCACUCGACAGCCAUGACGGCCAUGACUGUAGAUCCCAAGGGUCAGCAUCUGGUCACCGCUGGCCUGGAUCGCACCGUCAAGGUCUGGGACAUCCGCAUGCUCAACGACCAGCCCCUGGCUCUCUUCCGCCUGCGUCUGCCCGCCAACGAGCUGGAUGUGUCACAGCGUGGCAUGCUGGCCCUGUCCCAGGGCACCUAUCUGGAGACGUACACGGAUCUGCUGUCCGGCGGCGGCACAGGGGAUCGCAGCAAGCUGCCCUAUCUUCGCCAGCGCUGUGAUGCCUUUGUCCAUGGUUUGCGCUUCUGUCCAUACGAGGAUGUUUUGGGGGUAUCCACGGCCAAGGGCUUCCAUUCGUUGCUGGUGCCCGGCUCCGGUGAGCCCAACUACGAUGCCCUCGAGGACAAUCCCUAUGAGACAUCCAAGCAGCGGCGCGAGCACGAGGUGCAUGCCUUGCUCGAAAAGAUUCCCCCCGAGCUGAUCACCCUGGAUCCCAACGAGAUCACCGGCGUCGAUGCGCCCACGUUGCAGGAGAAGGUCGAUGCCAAGCGACAGCUAUUCCACCUCAAGCCGCCAGCCAUACGCAUGAAUUCCCGUCGCAAGAUGAAGGGUCGUGGCGGCUCUGCUAAGGCGUCGCGCAACAAGCAAAUUGUGAAAGAUAUCAAGCGAAAGGAGUUCAUAGCGGAGGUGAGGGAGGCCAAGAAGAGCGUGAUCAGGCAGCACAGCAGCAAGGAGGCAGGAGACGACGCCAAGCCAAGGCCAAAGCCCCCGCGCUCUGUACUGGAUAGGUUCAAGCCCAAGCCCCAAAAGAAGCACAAGACCUGAAUAGAUGUUCCAUCAUUAAUCGAGAGAAAAUAUAUUAUAAUAUAAACUAGA